UAUAAAGCAAAAGAAUGAUAGCUCUGUGUUCUUUGGGUUACUUUUCUGAUAUUUAAUUUAAAAUGUCAGCAAUAACAGACACUAAUUUUAAAGCAAAAUUUAACCUACUCACUCACAUUAAAAGUCAGCAAUUUUUAUGCCCUAUUUCAGGGAACGAUUGCCUACAUGAAAUAAUCCAUUUAAGCAAACCGAGGUAAAUAUGGAUCUGGAAGUCAAGAUAAACAGAAUUUUCUGAUUAGAUAGAUCUCAUUAUGUCAGUUCACCAAAAAUUGAACCUUUGGUGAUGUAUGUAUUGAUUGAUUUUGCUAGACCUAGACAAAGACAAGCAAAAGUGUUGUCUAUGUGAAAGUUAACUGAAAGUCUUGUGGCUGGAUUAAUUACAACUGUUUCUGCUACAACAUGCAUAUUUCUGCUCAGGUUCCUGCCAGAAGCACCCCGGUCUCUUGCAUCCCCAGAGCAUGCCAUGCUCACAGGGUUAUCUGUGACCCAGCGAACCGUGUGCUGACACAGAAUAACUCCAAGAGCAACUUCCCCUUCUGAAAAGGCCGAACCUGGUGGAAGCUGGGCUGAUGCGGCCAGGUGAUGGUGUGCUGCUCCCUGCAGCCUGGCUGGGUGUGCUUGAGUCAACUCAGAGCCCCAGGAACCGGUUUUUCAGUGCAGCAGGAAAAACACACCCCAGGCACCUCCCUCGGCAGCCAGCAUGGGGCCCCUUCCCUCAGGUGAGGAGGAAGAGGAGCUGCCAGCCAUGAUGAAGGGGCUGAACCGUCUGUUUGGUGCCAGGGAGGAUGUGAUGCAUGGAGAUGCAGCGGCCAACCACAACAGCUUAUUGCCAGAUGAAAGAGAAUUUCAACGUGCUGCUAAAAUGAACAAUCUGGAAACCAUGGAAAAGCUGUUUAAAAAGAGUGUAAAUAUAAACGCUGUAGAUACUCUGAAGCGCACAGCAUUGCAUUUUGCUGUUGCAAGAAGCCAUACAUCUGCAGUGGAUUUUCUUCUCCAUCACAAAGCUAGACUUGAUAUGGCAGAUCAGCACGGCCUGACAGUGAUUCAUCUUGCAGCUUGGACUGGAAAUCUGGAUGUAAUGCGAAAAUUAGUUAAAGCAGGCGCUGAUCAAAAGGCUAAGAAUGAGGAAGGAAUGAAUGCACUACACUUUGCAGCCCAGAACAACAGUGUUAAAAUAGUUGAUUAUUUUCUCCAAGAUCUUCAUCUGACUGACUUGAACAAGCCUGAUGGGAAAGGUAGAAAGCCAUUUCUUCUGGCAUCUGAAAAAGGCCAUGUUGACAUGAUAAAUAACUCGAUUGCUCUAAAGCUGUUCACAUCUGAAAAAGAUCAGGAGGGAAACACAGCCUUGCAUCUAGCAGCCAAAAAUGGACACAGUGAAGUUGUAGAAAUUCUGCUCAAACACUGGGAGGAAAUAAAUGACCUCAAUCAGAAUGGAGAAACACCAUUUUACUUGUCUGUUGAAGGCGGUCAUGAAAAAUGUGCUGAGCUGUUACUGGAAGCAGGGAGUGACAUCAACAUUUUAACGCAUAACAACAGCAGUGCAUUACAAAUUGCAAUUCAGAAUGGACAUCUAUCUUUGGUUACUUUUCUUAUUGAUAAGAAUAUUGAUCUGGUCCCUAAACCUGAGCAGAAGAAUUCUCCGCUCCAUUUAGCAGUCAUCAAUAAUCAUCUGCCGGUAGUAAAAACGCUCUUGGAUGCUAAUCAUGAUAUAAACUUCUUAAAUCAUAGGCAGGAAUCUCCUCUGCAUCUGGCGGCUGAUCUUGGCAAUGUGGAGCUGGUGGAAAUGUUGCUGAAGGCAGGCUGUGACCUCAAGACCAUGGAUAAGAAUGGAAAAACUGCACUAGCUGUGGCAUCAAGGAGCAAUUAUGCCCUAAUUGUAGAUAUGAUCAUUAAAGCAGAAAGGUAUUAUGCCACAGAACAGGCACAUCUAGGUCAUGGCGAUGACUGGUCGGACUUUGGUUUGUCCUUCAAACAAGAUCACAGUAUACAGACCAAGCAAAUUCGUUCCUCCCUUUGGAACCUGGCAUACAAUCACUUAAAACCCCAAGAAUGGAAAAAACUGGCCCUGUUCUGGAAGUUCACAGAUGAACAGAUUAGAGCUAUUGAAGAACAAUGGACAGGGAAAACAAGUUAUAAAGAACAUGGACACAGAAUGCUGCUCAUCUGGUUACAUGGUAUUUUGCUGGCUCAUCAGAAUCCUGUCAAGCAUAUAUAUGAAGAUUUGGUGGCAGCAGGAUUUCAACAUUUAGCUGAUAAUUCUCAAAACACAAAGAAAAAUGCUAAAUUUCUGAGCUAACGCCCAGACAGAAUUGAAUCAUGCCAAAGACAUCAAAGGCAACAAGAAGGGCUUCUACAAGUACCUCAGUACAGAAGGAAGACUAGGGAACAUUUGGCACUCUCCUUAAGGAAAGAGGACACCUGGUUACCUGGGACAGUGGAAAGGCAGAGGUACAGAAUGUGUUCUUUGCCUCAGUCUUUACCAGCAAGACUGGUCUUCAGGAAUUCCAGGUUCCAGAGGCCAGGCUGAAUGGCUGGAGCAAGGAAGAUGUACCUUUGGUGGAAGAGGAUCAGGUCUGGGAAUGCUUGAGCAAACUGGACCCAUCCAACCUAGUCUUGAACACCUCCAGGGAUGGGGCAUCCACAACUUCCCUGGGCAACUUUUUCCAGUGCCUCACCACCCUCUAAAUGAAGAAUUUCCUCCUAACCUCUAAGCUGAAUCUCCCCUCUUUAGUUUAAAUCCAUUCCCUCUUGUUCUGUCAGUAUCUGCCCGAGUAAAAAUUCACUCUCCAUCUUUUUAUAAGCCCUCUGCUGCAAUGAAAACUCACUGAAGAUCUGGCCAAGAAAGACACAGCCAAAACUACUCUGCCUAUGAAAAAAUUAAUACAGAAACAAGACAGAAAAAGUGACACUAUUUACUUCCUCUCCACACCUUACUCUGAGCUCAUUCUACCCAGCCCAAAGACAGUACUGCACAUUAUUUUAAGCAGGACUCAAAAUCUGAGCCUUGUCUAAUUGUCUCUUCAUCUUGGUCAUUUCUAUUUAAAAUUUUACCGGGUAUGUUGCAUUCAGAAUAUUGUUACAAGGAUAAUUCUGACUUACCUGAGUGACUGGAUGGUGUUUUUCAACAAUGACUGAACUCAUGGGUGGAGCAACUCCCAUCACUGCUAAACUACCAC